CUGGGUGAGUCAGCGGUCUCUAGAGGAAGACAAAAGACACACAAGUAAACAUCUUACAUAUGGAUGUUUAGCUGCAUCACCACAAGGUGUAGGCAACAUGGCUCCCCCUGAAGGAUCCAAACGUAGGAAACCCAGAAAACGAUCCAAAAAGAGGACGUCUCAGUCUGGGGCAUGUGCAUCUCCUAGUCCAGGGAGGAUCCCAGGAGAGCCAUUACAGGGAGGAGGACCUGUGUCAGUGCCUUCAGAAGUUGAAGUGCCAAAACCAGUGCCCCUUGUAGCAGGCCACCAGCAACCAAACACACCAGAAAAAGGGAGUCCACAAUCUUUAUCACCAAAAAAAAGAACUCCCCAGAGAUCAGCCCUCAGUGCUAGAUUAGUGAAAACAGGGCAGCCACAGCCAGGGGUGUGCGCCACUGGACCCCAACAACCAGAGACACCAAAAGGUGGCACUUCAAAUGUGGUGUUGACAAAAAAGUCACCAUUAAAUGGACCAGUUUCCAAACUAGGAUCAGCAAAAGCAGACUCACCAAAACCCAAGUCACCAAAUACAAAAUUCUCAAGUCCUCCAAAGUUAGGCUUACCACCAGAAGCAUCAGAGAAUGUUAUAACUUUAGAGGCUGAUGCACCAUUAGAGUUACCACCACAACAACAACAAACCAAAGUGGGAUCUUCCAAAAAUCAGCAGUCACACAGGAAACCUAACUCACCACAACCAACACCUGCACAGGACUGCAUUUUGCCUCCCAUUACUACAUCACAACUGUUGACAUUAGAAACACUGUCAUCAUUCAUACCAGUUGUUGGUGUGGAAAAGGCUAAUUCACUGUCAGAUGUGAAAGAGCAAAGCACAUCAUUGACAAAAGGAACAUCUGAUGCCAAUUUUAUCACAUUAAAAUCUGAAGGAGAUAAAGGCAUCAUCAUGUCUGAAACAAAUAAAUUAGAUAAUUUAUGUAAUCUUUUGGAGAAUAUUGUCAUUCAGCACAGUGGUAAAGAGGCUAUGAGUAAUAACACAAUAAAAUUACCAGUUGCACAAACUAGCCAAACUAUUACAGGACCACCACCAGUGAAGGUACCCCCCUCAACCACAGACUCUCCCCCCACUACUACAUCACAGCAUAAAGGAGAAAAGACAAAGGAGGAAAUAGAGUGUGAGAGAAAAGGUCGAAAAGAAGCAAAAAAGGCAAAGAAAAAAGGUGGAGAAAAAGCUAAAAGUGAAAAUGAUAAGGAGAAUUAUAAAAAUAUUAACGUAGAGAACAAGAAAAAGGAAUCUCAAGAAGAGAAGGUAAUGUCAAUGGCUACCAACACUCAGCAGAUACAGCCUGGAGACCAACAGGGGCAACUCCAGCAACAUACUAAGUUAUCUGUAGCACUUGAGGGAACUGAUCAGAGUGAUGCAGCUGGCAAGUCCAAAGCGGAUUUGAAGAGAGAGAGACGUGAAAAGCAGGAGGCCCAGAGACAGGCAAAGCUAGCAGCCAAAGCCAAACAAGAAGCAGAAAAACAGCAGAAGGGGCAGGAAGAGGCUCACCCUAGUAACAAUAAAAUAAGACUACCCCAGAAGAAGAAGAAACUUGAAGGUGAAGGUUUGAGGCGAUUAAAAGACAGAAAGAGUUUCAGUAAGGGACCGUCUGACCGUAGGAUUCCUUUAUUGGGUCACCUCACUCCAUACUCCUCCCAGCCCCCCUUAUUACCUGUCAAUUGUGACACCAUCCAUCCAGCUGUCAGAACUCUUGGCUUAAAGAUGAAGGAUCGUAUUGUGGAUGGAUCAACAGCUAGAGUUGUUUCUACACUGGCGGCUCUUAAACAAUUUAUUCACGAUUAUCGAACACCAGAGUCAUGUGAUCUUUCCAGAGAUUUGGCCGAAAAACUGCUCCCAAAUGUGGCAUUCCUUAAUGGUUGUCGACCUCAAGCCAUUGCUAUGGACAAUGCCAUACGAUUUUUAAAGCAUAAGAUCAACAGCAUUGAGCCCAACAUGCCUGAAGCACAAGCCAAGGAUGAACUGCGAACAGCCAUAGAUGAAUAUGUGCAAGAUAACAUUAACCUGGGCAGCAGUACUAUAGCCUCACAUGCUGCCAUGCUUAUCCAGGAUGGAGAUGUUAUACUCACCUUUGGGUAUUCUGCCCUGGUGAUUGAGGUGGUUGAAGCUGCAUGUAAUGUGGGCCGUAGAGUUAGUGUUGUUGUGGCAGACACUCCAUACCCUCCUUCUGGUGCUGCCAUGGUCAAGAUACUCUCAGCUUUGGGAGUUACAACCUAUUACAGACUCAUCACAGAUGUUACACACAUAAUGCACAAGGUAACGAAAGUGGUGGUAGAAGCUGAAGCAGUGAUGAUGAAUGGAGCCGUACAAGGAAUGUGUGGAACUGCCAGCCUCGCCCUCGCUGCAGUCACUCAUGACACACCUUUUAUUGUGCUCUGUCACACAUAUAAGUUCUGCAAUAAUGACCUGACUGACUCACUGGUGGUUAAUGAAUUAGGAGAUGCAGAUCGUGUAGUCUUCUGUCCAUCAAGAGAUUACUGUGGUCUUCUUGUUGAUUGGCGACAAAUGCAGAAAUUGAAUGUAGUGAGCCUUGUCUAUGAUGUGACUCCAGCCUGUCUGGUAACAGCUCUUGUAACAGAGCAAAGUGUUUUGCCAACAUCUGCUGUACCUGUGAUUAUCCGUCGUAACUAUGCUGAUAUCCUUGGGCAAGAUUAAUAUUAGUAUUUUGGUGCUUUUAAAAAAUGAAAAAAAGUCAGGAUUGAUUGUUGGAUAGUGACCAGUUUCUUAUUGUUUAUUCAAUUCAUGAGGAUAGUGUCAUCCACUAUAUCAGGCUGCCUUUUUUAAUUACCGUAUUAUUUUAGAAUUUAACAAAUGCUGUGCACAGGUGUGCAUUUUGAGGGUGAAACUGGCAGAGAUAAUGGCAUGAAGCCUUCCAACAGUUCUGGAGACAUACACAUUUCAAUCACACCUGUGUAAUUUGAAUGAUUUAAAUAAAUAAAUGUUAAAUCUUAUUGGCUGAGGAACAGAUAGGAGGAUAAAUUGAAAGCUAGUAAAAAGUUGACUGUAGCUGAGGUGGAGACAGGCUACAAAAUCAUGCUCGUGAUCCAAAAUUAACCCACUGAUUGUUAAUGAUAAUGCCAUUAAUAUACUGACUAUCAUUCUCAAAAUAGACAGAUGGUACUGAAAACCUAAAACAAGUGGUUUAUUUGACAGAAAUGCCCCUUUUGCAAUAAUAUAUUUGUAUCGUAAAGCCUUGGGAAACCAUAAUCUUAAAAUCAUGAAACUUAGUCACAGUUUUUUCUCUUGAGGAUGUCCAGAAAUUCCUGCCAUUGUUAAAGUACUUUUGGUCUAGCUUAUUCUCACAUGGGUAACUGAUGCUGAUAUUUCACUUUAACAAACUGGUUACUUGACAACUUGGAUCAGUCCAUUUUGUCAUUCUACUGGACUACUACUAUUAACAGCAGGGAAGACCGCAUCAAUGAAGGGUUCAAGAUAGAUUUGGUCGGGCCAAUCUCAAUUAACCCUUUGUAAUGCAGCGGCACACUUAGGUAUUUUAUUCAGCUGAGAGAAACCCGUCCUACACCGGGUUAACGGUGGAUCAAAGUUGGCUCAGAAGUGUUUGUUACAACACCCAAAAAUGAUUUUAUAAACAGCUUUACUUAAACUGUAAACCUUAAUAAAAAGCAGUCAAGCUAGGAGAUACUGAAGUAACAUUUUACACAAGAAUGCAAGUUUCUUUUGUUGAAAAAUAUGAAGACACUGACUGCAUGUGAUAAUUGCAAAAUGCCCAUGUGACCGGAGGGAAGUGCUGCAAACACUCACUGAUAGUAUCCAUUCUUGUACUUUUGACACAGGCCACAAUUCAUGAGGCCAAAGGGUGGAAGUUCUUGUGUGAUUGAAAUUAAGGUUCAGUAUAAUGUCUCAGGGAUGGUUCAAAUCAUCGGUAUAUGAAUAAUCACAAUUGUUUGGGGAACUACUGUAUAGCACUAAACUGCCCCAUAGCAUCCCAUGGAAUGUAUACAGUACAUACAGAAUAAGCAUUAGUACUCUUGCACUUAUUCAUACAGAUGAAUAAAGUGUUAACCAAUGUACUACAUUCAACAUUAGUUGAGUUUAUUGUUUCCCAAGGUAAAUUAGGAUGCUGGUCUGUACAAUAAAUUUUGCUCAUUAAAAUGUCUCCGUGAAAAGCAGUUACAGAUAGUUGAUAGGCAUUUUUAUUUUGUAUAAAGGAACAUCUUGUAAUAUUUAAAGAUUUAGGCAUAUUUACUAUUUUCCAAAUGUCUUUGUAAUAGCAUUACUUCAGGUAUCAUGCAAGAUAUGGAUACUUUUUAAAUUCACAGUUGUAGUAAAACAUGACUAUAGAUGGUAUAUGUUUUGAGGUCAAAUGGAUUAACAAGAAUAUUUUUGAUUAUUUAUUUAUUUAUUUAUUUAUUUUUUAUUAAAUGUUGUGAUUAAAAAGUAUCUGUUCAGCUUCAUGGUUUAAGACAGUACUAAAGGUCAGUUUCUAGAGCUUCAAACUUAGCUUAUUUGUGGUGUUGGUAUUUAUUUUAUCAGAAAUAAUUGGAAUAGUUCGGUAAAUGAUGAAAAUCUUUGAGUGUAACGAUUAUUAGACAUUAAGACAAACAUCCCCUCUGA